AUGUCUCUGUGGAUGAUCGUGCCGGUCAGCCUGCCAGUGCUCACCAUUACAGGGAUAUGGGUCGUGUAUGCCAUGGCUCUGUACAACCAGCACGUUUGCCCUGUGGAUAAUUGGUUGUACAAUCAGUCAUGUGAAGAGGAGCUGUAUUUGCAGAGUGGCUCGACACUGUGCUGCACUCUGGACCAUGUCCCCCUCAUCAGGUCUGUGCACUUCACACAUUGA